AUGGACGAGCAGGAAAAGCGUAAACUUGACCGAAAACGUGCUCGUAAUCGAGCUGCGGCCACAAAAUGUCGUCAGAAGAAAAUCGAUCGGAUUCAGGAACUUGAAGGACUGGUAGGUGUACAAUCACUCCAUCUCACGAUUAUUCGGCUACGUCAUCGACCACCUCUCACCUCGUCUGACUCCUAUCUUGUUCCUCCAGCCUGUCUCCUUCCAUAUGCAGCCUUAUACAGUGAUCAAUAA